CUGGCUAAUGAACGUUUACAUUCCGCAGAAUUCAUCUCUUAGAUAUUUAGUCAAUAGAAUGAGAAGGGAGCCAUAACUUAAUUUCUAUAUCAGCCCAAAUAAUCUUUUCUAAAUACUAAAACUAAGUGACUAAUAAUCAUGUUGAGAUUUAGGUAGGAAGGAGGUUCUGGUUUCAAUCCAGUUUCUGUUCUCGCUUUUAUUUUUCAUUAACACGCUGAAGUGGCAGGAAUUUCGUUGGAAAUUCUAUAAUGUGAAUUGCUGCGCUGCCGAUGCCUGAUUGCCGUGUCAUGAACAACACGAAAUGGCGAGCUCCACGUAUGACAAAACCUUCCCCUCGUAGAAUUAUUUGUAAGAUUACAUCUUCACUCUUUGCUGAGUACUUGAAGUCAGGAUGAACAGCGCGAGGAAGUUCAGGAAGCAAGCGGCGGGUGCAGCGGACGAGGCCCUGAGCGCUCCUGUGGACCAGGCACAUGACUGUGUAAAUAACCAGACUGAAAGUUCCCGGAGCCCGAGGCGGCGUAAACAUAUUCGUGUUGCCGCUUUUGCCAAUAUCGCCUUGUUUCCCGAGCCUGAAAUCGCCCCAGAACCCGACGACCUGCGCAGCUUCCGCUUGCAUUCUAGUGGCGACGGGUCUACGACGGACUCAAACAAUCCUGUCUCAUUGCAGGAUCCACUCAAGCAAUUGACGAGAUUCCAGACACGAAGACUUGCAUCAUCUGAACUUCGCAAUUUCAGGAUAUCAAACAUUAAAGCUUUGCGGUCCAUGCGCAUGAACAGAGCUUUGUUCCCGAGAAAUUCAGUGUUUGCUGACUCCCAGAAAAAAGUUCUGACUUCCAAAAGCUGUUCAGUUGUCUCAACUUUUCAUCAUCCAAACCUUGCUCAGAAAUUAAAAGCACCUGCACAACAUUUACGAAGAUUUCGACUGGGGAACCGAGGUAAUGUGUCGCGGGAUCGAGCCUUGACGCUGCUUGAUAGUCAAAUCCUGAAUAUCCGACGCUCACUAACGAGUACCAACCAAGAAAAUAUAUUGUUGACUGUAAACAACGGCGUUACUGCUGUUCAAUGCAAUAGCACCAGGAGCAAAAGGAACAAUUUGUCUUCUGAUAAAUUUAUUUCACGACAAGGACCAGCUAUUGCUCUUCCUUCAUCGGCUACUCGGUCACGACCUGCAUUGAAGGCCUGCAGACAAUCCACCAGACAAGCGACUACAAGCCUUGAUGGCAGUAUUUCAUCUGACCAAGUCCAGAAAACAAAUCUGUGCUCAAAUAUUAACAAAACCUCUCGCAUUCUGGACAAUGAUGAUGAGAUAAAAGUUAUAUCUAAAAAUGAAGAUCUUAUUAAAACCACCAGUGGCAGUAUAGACGAUAAACUUAAUCUGAACCAGCAGAAAAAGGGAACGGUUCAAGCCAACGAGAUGAAAACAAACUCGAAAUUUUUGAAGCAAAAGCACAGUGGGAAACCUACUCUUUCUUUGACUGAAUCGAGUACCAGAAAACAAAAAAUACAAUGCAGCCAGAACCAUCUUUGUCUUGGCCGCUGCUCGGAGCACGAGGGUAAAAUUCUACCAAUCGGCGAAGACCUAUCACAGAAACGAGGCCGACCAGAGACUAGAAGUUGCACUUAUUAUGAGAGUCCGCCCGAGAUUGUAGCCCCAAGCCCUGCCACUGCAGCCCUAAGCACUCCCAGCGCAGCCCCAAGGGCUGCCACCGCAGCCCCAAGCGCUGCCACCGCAGCCCCAAGCGCUGCCACUGCAGCCGUAAGCACUCCCAGCGCAGCCCCAAGCGCUGCCACUGCAGCCCUAAGCACUCCCAGCGCAGCCCCAAGCGCUGCCACUGCGGCCCCAAGCUCUGCCACUGCAGCCCUAAAUGCUGCCAGUGAGGUCCUAAAUGUUGCUGCAGCCCCGAGCGCUGCUAAUGAUCCUACUCCUCCAAAAUUAAGGAACUUGAGACCUCUAAACACACAACGGAGCAAUGCAGAAUGUAACGCCAAGCGCCAUAGUUUACGUUCAAUUGGGGAAAUUGUCUCGCUGCCUCGAACUUCUUUGCCAGAUCGUCUUUGGCAGCCUUUGAGCAACACAAAGACUUCUUUGAAGACUCGUAACGUGUACUCGAGACUUGAAAAUUCUCAUACUUCUAGUCUGAAACGUUCAAAAUUUAUCAAAAUUAAGACGCAGAAAAUGUCUGAAUUAAGGGGCUAUCGUCCAAAAGUUAUUAACGAAAUUGUAAAUCUAGAAGACGACGAAGACCUAUCGCGAAAAUCGGUGCCAUCGACUACGAAUGUUAUAGUAAGUGUGUCGUCUUCAAUUGUGGGAACAUCAACAUCUGCACUCAAGGGCACCGGUGAUACUGGGGUAAAAACAACGGAUAUGCAUUCACUCUCAGCAGGAGAAGAACGUACGACCCCCGAGUCUACUUCGAAAUUAUCAUCUAGAACUGGUGGUAAACGUCCCAUGCCUGAGUCAGACACAUCGCCGCCUUCACUUACGCCGCGUGGUAAACGUCCCAUGCCUGCGUCAGACGCAUCGCCGCCUUCACUUACGCCGCGUGGUAAACGUCCCAUGCUUGCGUCAGACGCAUCUCCGCCUUCAUUUACGCCGCGUGGUAAACGUCCCAUGCCUGAGUCAGACGCAUCGCCGCCUUCACUUACUCCUUUGAGGCAGCGUGGUAAACGUCCCAUGCUUGCACCAUCAACAAUCCGUCCCCUUGAAGGUGACGAUAAGCACGCCACACCAGCAGCAGAAGUUCCCUUGCUGGUAGGUGAGCCAGUACGCGCAACAAAACGCGUUCCCUCCACAACGGGAGGUGAACACGUAGCGCUUGCCAAAGGAUCCUCUUCACUUCAAGCAGGGGCUGAGUGUAGUUCCAGCGAAGAAAAUGACUGUGUGAUUAUCCUUGACAAUGCGAAAAAAAGAACUACACUUUCAUCCAGGGUCUUAAAUGCUUUGAAUGCACCAAGCCGGACCCAUAAAAGCGACUCUAACUUAUAUAGCGGCACUAGCAAACCAAUGCCUCUCGGUAACAGGAGACAAACUCGAAGUUUGGCUUCUUCUAGUCCUAGCACGAAGAGUAAUAUAAAAUUAUUGAGGAUUCCUUCUCCUAAAACUACUAAUAAUGAAAUCCCCAGAUGCAACACGGCGAAAGCGUCCAAUAUUAUCAGGAGCUUGGAAGGUCCCGAAUUAAUUGAUCGUAGCAAUUCAAAUCAAGAACCCAAAAAGACAAAACAGGAUAUUUCUAUCUCUCCGUUUAACCCGAGUUACCUUUCCAUAAAUCAUUCCAAAAUUCUUGAUUUAAUAUCUCCUUCCGUUUCGAUCUCUUGGGCCUCAAAUUCUCGAAGCAAAUCUACAAACACAUCAACAUCCUCGUCACGACAUCCCACAGCUACGGGUUCAUCUAAAGCCACCUCUUCCAGUGUCAGUUCAAGUCUGACACCAACAUCAUCAGACUCGUCUCUGCGGGAGUUUCGACUACGCACUUCCCAAGAUGCAGAGAUAAUGAUAGAUUCAGUCAUAAUUCAUGGACGACGUGGAAAUGGAUUGCGUAAUUUCAGACGUGAAAAAUGAUCAAGACGACGAUAUAUUCGGUCUCGAUUUACUAGUCUUUUUGUCGUGGGUUGUUUAUGUGUAACUUGCUGAGUCUGGGUUGAGGCUCGCUGGUGAACGCUAUCCGCCCCAUCGAAGAGAACUAAGGCACAACAUGCAAGCACUAGGCUGCGAGUAUUUCAUAGUUCAUCACUUAUUUCUAAGCUUAUGAAUUUCUUCACUCCGAAUAUAGGAGUGGUAAACUUGGUCUAUGGAAGCAAUGAGUGAAGAACAAAUAUGAACGAGUUAUUGGAAAUAAUUGCAAUAUUUAUAGUUUCUGUUAUGUCAAGAUUCUUGAGCUUUAUACAGCUCAGUGGCCAUGUCUAUGAUCUAGAAAGGAAACCAAUCGAUUUUUUUACAGCUACUUUAGUUAUUACAACUUCCAUUCAAUUCCUCGUGUAAACCCUACAACCGCAUUUCGACAUAUACUUUAUAACGCAAUUGAUAGUCAUUAUAUUCUAAAUGGAAAAAGCUUUUGCGGCGCGGUAAUCAAUCGAAGUUUUGGGCAAUUACUUCCUGCUUGCCUGUUCGUAGAUUUGUUUGCAUACUGGUUAUUUCAAGGUGGUCGUUUACCUCUUAUUUGCCUGCCUGCUUUUUCAAGUUUUUAACGCGUUUGCUUGGUUUCUGCAACCGUUUAGUUCGAUAUACGUCUAUUAUUUUGGCCUGUGUGAUGAGAAUAUUUUUAUUUUUAAUUCAAACAAUCAUCCAAGUCGGUUUGAAAACAUCUGAAUGUUACAGAUAUUCACCGGUUAGUAAUUAGACGUAUUGCUGGCGUGAUAAAAUGGAAAUUUAUAUUUUUAUAAGGUAAAGUUAAGCUUCUGAGAACGCUGUUGUUCGCGUCUUCCGUCUUCCGAUUACAAAAAAGAUAUGAUGCUGGCAGUGGCAUUACCUGAUAGCGUAAGUUAUUGUAUUCAACAUGGAAUGGAUUUUGUUUCAGUAAAUCAGUGCCUCUUCUCGAAUAUAUAAACAUUCCUC